AUGGGCUUAAUGAAGGCACUGUAUCGCGAAUUAGUGGGCGCUGCGACGAGAUUCGACCGUCAUGCGUCAUUGCGUGCACUCAUAACAACUGAAUUAUAUGAAUCUCCAUUGGAUCCAAACUCUAGGUCACGUCUACCGCAUAUUGAAGCUUUUAAUCGCUGUCUAUUGCGAUAUCUCGGUGGUCGACACUUUUAUCUACCGGAUCCACAACGUCCGACGCUAUUGCAGCUCAUUCGUGAGGAGUUUCAUGUCAAAUCAAAGCACACAAUGGACUCAGAUCGAUUAGAUACGGCUUUUGUAGCGCUACGAGCAUUCAAUGACACGCUCGCCGAGUCUAAAGCUCUUGAACUACCGCCAAAGACGGACUGGGAGACGAGAACAAUUGAGGGCGUGCAAUUAGCAGAGAAUGUGACAUCAGGGGUGUUUUUAGUGGCCCAUCCACUGCUGGAAGGAAUUUUCAGUCGGUCCGUUGUGCUUGUGACGGAGCAUAAAGUAGAAGGAUCAAAGGGAUUUAUUGUGAAUAAAGUAUCGGAGAAACCAUUGGGACGUACAUUUCAAGUCCCGUCAAGAGUGAUGCGAGCUUUUGGAAUGAGUACAGUACGCAAAGGUGGACCAGUAUUUUCAAAAAAUGCAGAAGUGCUGCAUGGCAGAGCAGACUUUGGAGGACAGCGUGUGCAGACGACCAACUUUCCUUCUGCCAAUGAUCCAAGUCUUUUUGUUGGUGUAGAUCUUGAUGCAGCUGCAAGGGCGAUUGACGAUGGAAAUGCGAAACACACAGAUGUAGUGUUUAUGAGUGGCGUGUCCGCUUGGUCAACUGGUCAGUUGGAUACGGAAGUGAAACAGGGCUCGUGGAUACCGAUGAAUGCACCUGUUUUCCUUGCGCUCAAUGCUCCAGCAGAAUUAUGGCAGGAUAUGAUGCAAACAAUUGGUGGAGAAUACGCAGAAAUGAGUGGGAUGCCUUCUAUGGAAGAAGAGGAGUAA